AUGCGUAAAUCUCCCUUGCAUAUUGAACCACUCAUGGGACAGCCUCAUUUGUAUAACUCUCCUGAAGAGAAGGCGCAAGCUACUCGGCACUAUCAAAAAGGUUAUAUUGAAAGGAACCGCAAAAAAGCACAAGCUAGUGAUCAAGAAAAGUGUCAUCAACUGCUUGUACCAACACUUAACGUCACAUAUAGACACGACAAGUCAAUAAACAUAGACCAGAAGCUAUUUAUGAUCAUUGGCAGGUCCUUGUAUGAGUUUGUCGAAGGCCUGUGUCGCACACUCAUUGAGUGUGAGGACUCAGAAGUCCAGGAGGUAUUCCAACACAUUCAAGCAGUAUUCAGUACAGUAGAGGACCUAGAAGAAGAGGCGAGUGAACUUGAGAAUGGUGUACUGAUGCAUGUCCGAGAGCCAGCUGCUACAAGUAACAAGCAGCCAACAUCUGGUGAUAUUCAGAUCUUGUCUCUACAGGAACUCCUUGAUCGCCCUGACAUGAACUUACCAUCUCCUAAGUCACUGUCUCCACAAUCUGGGCCAACCAUCACAUCACCACAUCUACGCCGAUUCCUUACAUCGCCCUCAAACACUUACAAUUUCAUGCCUAUCAGGCUUGGACUGAAUGGCCCAAACACCACUUGUGACUCAUUGCCUCUCACUGAGACUGCGCCACAGUAUUCCAUGACUACAACUGCUCCCCCUCAGCCAAUUACUCCCUCUCAGCCACUGACCACUCCCUCUCAACCAACCGCUCCUCCUCAGCCAACCGCUCCUCCUCAGCUAAUCACUCGUCCUCAGCCAACCACUCUCCCUCAGCAUAAACGAGCUGUGAAAUGCACGCAAGGCAGCAACCUCUCCAAUUCAGCCAUAGAUGGGGAUGAAGAGGAAGAUGUUGGUCAUGGAAAACGGCAGCAUUUCCAGUCUAAAUGA